GACAUCUGUGGCCAAAACAUCUCCAUCCUCAACAUUAUAGAGACUUGCGACCAUGGCCGAUGAUAUCACAGUCAUUGAUCCCGAGGGUGAAGUGAUCUUCAUACUGGAAAACCCCAAUGCACCCUUUGCUGUUUGGAACGAUACCAACAAUGGGGAGAAGGGUACGGGGAGAAACGACGAACAAUCAGCGUCGAAGGUUAUUCGUGUGCGAGUCUCAGAAAAGCACCUCACCUUAGCUUCGCCUGUGUUCAAGACAAUGCUUAUAGGUGUCUGGAAAGAGAGCAGGACUGCGGGGGAUGAAAAGAUGAAGGAGAUCCGGACAGAGAGUUGGGAUGCAGGUGCAUUUCUGCUACUGCUAAAUCUUCUCCACUGUCGACACCGCACGGUACCCCAGGGGCUGAGCCUAGAGCAACUAGCAAAACUUGCCGAGAUAGCAAACUACUAUAAUUGUAUCGAAGCUAUCAAAUUCUUUUCUGACAGGUGGAUGGAGUUGUUGAAGCCGAACCGUCCCAAGCAAUAUUCUCGGGACCUGAUGUUAUGGUUAUGGAUCACUUGGGCAUUUGGCUCACCCGACCGAUCUGAGGCAUGGAUGAUUGCAGUGAAAGAGAGCAAAAGUCCAGUUCGGAGCCUUGGAUUACCAUUUCCAUCUCUAGUCAUGGAUCGCAUCAACACGCAAAGGAACACGGCUAUUUGUAUACUGUUUACGACACUUAACAAGCUCAGGGAUGAUUUGCUUUGCGACACUAAGGGGUGCUCCUUUCAAUGCAGGGCUGUAGCAAACGGCGUCCUUACCAAGUUGAUGCAUGAGAAGGGCCUUUUGAUAGAGCCCACGGCAGCUGCUGCCAAAUGGAGCUUUGUUGAGUUAAUAAAUAUAGUGGCCACCUUCAGCAAAGGUUUACUAGAUACGUGCCGCUGUCAAAGAAACUACUACGACGUACACAGCCUGUGUCAGCCCGGGAGCUGGAUUACUGAGGUAAUGCAGAGUGCGAGCAAGAGCGUUGAUAUGUAUGUUACCUGUUGAAGACCUUGAGGCCUGCGCUUCACCGUCUUUCCUUCAAAUGUCGAGUUGAUUUACCCCUCUUAUCCAAGGAAGGUCAUCAAGUGAUGGUAGC